GUCCCGCACGCCGCCCCCCGCGCCCGGCCGGGCAUGUAGCAGCGGCAGCGGCGGCAGGCGCCGCGGCGGAAUAUGGGCGGGCACCACUCCCACAAGCCCCCCGUGUUUGACGAGAAUGAGGAAGUCAACUUUGACCAUUUUCAGAUUCUGCGGGCCAUUGGCAAGGGGAGUUUUGGAAAGGUAUGCAUCGUGCAGAAGCGAGACACUAAGAAAAUGUACGCGAUGAAAUACAUGAACAAGCAGAAGUGCAUCGAGAGGGAUGAAGUCCGGAACGUCUUCCGGGAACUCCAGAUCAUGCAGGGGCUGGAGCAUCCUUUCUUAGUCAAUCUGUGGUACUCCUUCCAGGACGAGGAGGACAUGUUCAUGGUGGUGGACCUGCUCCUGGGAGGGGACUUGCGCUACCACCUGCAGCAGAACGUGCGCUUCACGGAGGCGACGGUGAAGCUCUACAUCUGUGAGCUGGCCCUGGCCCUGGAGUAUCUGCAGAGGUACCACAUCCUCCACAGAGACAUCAAGCCAGACAACAUAUUGCUGGAUGAACACGGACAUGUUCACGUCACAGACUUCAACAUAGCAACGAUCGUGAAAGGCACAGAAAAGGCUUCCUCCAUGGCCGGGACCAAGCCCUACAUGGCCCCAGAAGUGUUCCAGGUGUAUGUGGACGGAGGCCCCGGCUACUCGUACCCCGUUGACUGGUGGUCCCUGGGCGUCACGGCCUACGAGCUGCUGCGGGGCUGGAGGCCGUAUGAAAUCCACUCAGCCACGCCCGUCGAUGAGAUUCUAAACAUGUUCAAGGUGGAGCGUGUCCACUACUCCUCCACGUGGUGCAAGGGGAUGGUCGCCCUGCUGAAGAAGCUCCUGACCAAGGACCCCGAGAGCCGCCUGUCCAGCCUUGGUGACGUUCAGAGUGCACCCUACUUGGCUGACGUGAACUGGGACGCCGUGUUCGAGAAGGCACUGACGCCCGGCUUUGUGCCCAAUAAAGGGAGAUUGAACUGUGAUCCCACAUUUGAACUUGAAGAAAUGAUUCUCGAAUCCAAGCCACUUCACAAAAAGAAGAAGAGGUUGGCAAAGAACAGGUCCAGGGACGGCACGAAGGACAGCUGUCCUCUGAAUGGACACCUUCAGCAGUGCUUGGAGACCGUGCGGAAGGAAUUCAUCAUAUUCAACAGGGAGAAGCUGAGGAGGCAGCAGGGGCAGAGCGGCCAGCUCUUGGACCCGGAGGGCCGAGCUGGGAGCCAGGCCCAGGGCAAGCUCCAGGACGGGUGCAACAACAACAUUCUCGCCCACGCCUGCUCCCGGGGCUGCAGCAGCUAAGCCACCACCUGCGGCUGCCCGGCGGGACUGCACACAUCUCUGCCCUGCCCACCAGCAGCCCGUCUCCAUGCCACAAUGGUCCCUAUCUCACCCCUGACAACAUCAGAUGCAGAAAGAGCCCUGGGCUCCUAGUAGGGAAGCCAGAGUUCUGAUCUCAGCUGCCCGACUGAUUCCCUGCGCGA